AUGCUGACCGAAGGAGUCGAAGAUGAAAGUAAAGGAUUUGUAGGAACUACAAAAGAUCAAACAAAAAAUGAACUUACGAAAGAUCAGGAAGAAAGUAAACUUAUGAAAGGCGUAACAGAAAGUGAACGUAAAGAUCAGACAGAGAGCGAAAUUUUGAAUGGUCAGAUGGAAAAUGAGCUUAUGAAAAAUCAAACCAAAAACGAAUUUGCGAAAGACCAAACAAAAAAUGAACUUGUGAAAGAUCAAAUGAGAAAUGAAUUUACGAAAGAUCAAACAAAAAAUGAACUUGUGAAAAAUCAAACAGAUAAACGUCAUACCGAGCAAUUGGAUCCAAAAUAUAAGGAUGCCUUGUUACAAGAAAAAUUCGCAAAUCAAAAUGACCAACAAAUGGUUCAAGAAUCUAUAGCGCAAGCCCAAAUAACUAAAGCUAAAAUUAAAAAAGUAAGAUUCAGCGAAAUAACAGAAAGUCAACUUGACGAAGAUGAUGUUCACCCUAACUAUAAAGCAUCUGUAGACUAUGGACCUUCUCAAUCAUCCGGAUUUUAUGAACCAAGACAUCAUAAGAUUGAAAGACAUCUUAAAAUUGAAAAAACAGAUGUAACUUUGACUCCAGAAAAAGCUAGUAAAUUAUUUGGAAAAUUAGGUUUGGCCGAAGCUUGGGAAAAAUUCGUUUCACCAAAAUCACAAAAUAAAAAGAAACACGACGCAAUAAUAAUCGAGUCAUCGAUUGCUUAUCCUAAUUUACGUAUUUACAUGCAUCCAAUGCUAAACAUUAAAGCUAUUCUUUAA